UGUGAUGAAAUAAAUGACUGUGAGAAUGGUGCAGAUGAAGAGAACUGUGGAGACAAUAGUGACUGGGCCAGUAACUUUGAUAUGGUUCAUGGAAAGCCCAAUUAUCUGGAUUUAUCAGAUGAAUGUUGCCAUCAAUACCCAGAAGGUUCGAGCUGCAUGGAAACAGAACUAGAAUGUUCUGCCAUUAAGCUAAAGUCUGUUCCACUUGUUUCAAGUAACAUAACCCUCCUCUCCAUAGAGUCACUCAUACACAAACAGAUCCAUUCUCUUCCAGAAGAAGUUUACAGCAAGUGUACAAAGCUGAAGAAAAUAUUUCUGCAACACAACUGAAUUCAGGCAGUACCAAGGAAAGCAUUCUUUGGACUAUGCAGACUUCAGAAACUAUCAAUGAUAAACAAUUCACUUGAGACUCUUCCCAAGAGGAUCUGUACUCAAAUGCCCCUUAUGAACCUUAUGGAUAUUGAUGGCAAUCACAUUAAAGCCUUAGCUAAUACCACCUUCCUGGAAUAUGAUGUGCUCAUGGUAUUGCUUCUUCAUGGAACUCAAGUGUGCUUACUGCCUGCAAAUAUGUUUUCCUCAUUAGAAGAUUUGGGGGAAUAUUUAGCUUGUCUUUUUCCUGAAAUAAAAGAAGAAACAGAUUUUACUUCUUUUCGCAAUCUGUGUUUCAGUGCACCUUCUCACCUCUCUGAGGAUCACACUGAAAGUCCACAGUAGCUUCAGUCACUUGCUGAUUGUCUAAUGGCUUUGUAUUUGUUCUUCUUUGGAGUUUCUGAUAUUAAAUACUAUGGGCAGUAUAAAAAUUAUGCGGUGUUGUGGAUCAAAAGUUUACCAAGCCAUAUCAUGGGGUUCAUUGCCAUGCUACCUAUAUAUGUUACUUUAGGACAGAUAUUUAUACAGAACGGAGGAAGCCAGUCUGAAAUGAAGAUACGCCUCAGAUUGGUUUGUCACUUUGCUGGGGAAUAUGCUGUUCUUUCUGUGCCAUGUGUGAACCUGCUAGCUUCUACCAUCAUCAUCGUGUUUUCAUAGGUCAGCAUGCUUUGUUCUGUCCAAAAAGCUGCCCUUCAGACAUGAGAGGUAAGGAGUCCUAUAUGCAGGGAUGUUGCUGUUGUCAAUCAAUAUUUUUUAAUAGUAUUCACUGAUGCCAUCUGCUGUGUUUCUCUCUUUCUCAUUGAAAUCCCCUCUUUAUUCCAGGCAGAAAUCACAGACACUAUCCCCUCCUGCAUAGUGAUAUUUGUUCUGCCAAUACACAGUGCCUUGACCUCCAUUCUCCAUACUCUCACAACUAGUUUCUUUAAGCAGCAGUUGACACAGUCAUGGGUUAGUCAUUGAAGUAGGGCAAUUUUCAUUGGUGAAAAAACCUUGGCCACUUCAGAUGCAGAUGAUCCUCUCACCCAUAGCUCUUCAUCUAUGCUUGGACUUUUUAAACGUACCUCUUAA